AUGGCCUACUCACCAGGUCCCCAAUCCCCCGGCGCUGGGCCUGCCCUCCAUGGCGGUCUGACCUCUCGCAACCGCUCAGCCAGUCCUCCCGGUGCAUCUGGGACUCUCUCCAAGAGAGAUAAACGUCGAACUGCACUGCAGGAACGACUCCACGACUUGACGGCUACCUUCUCUCAGAACCGCGAUGCCCAGUUCCGCCAGCAACUCCACUCCCUCCAAUGCGACAUGACUCUCAUCAACAACGCCGACCCAUACCAAGCUGGCCCACUGCCAGACUCUUCUGAGGACAUCGCGAACCUGAUUGAGGAAACCGUCGGCGGCGGUAAAUUUGCCAAGGAGAUGGCCAGCCUCUCUGGCACCUGGUACUCCAAGUUUGUUCAAGAGAUCAAUAAUGUCAAGGAGCAGAAGGAUGCAGACCUUGCACAGAUUAUGAACCGAUACCAGAACAGCCUUGAGCGACACCGUCGCGAGUACGAUUUCCGGGUACACUUUGCCAAGGAGGAGUUCAACCAGCUCUCCGGCACCUUGCGCGAGCGCCUCAUACAGAGCAUCUCCAGCAAGCGCUCCCGCCUUAUGCGCGAGAAGGAGCAACUUGACAUUGCCGACACCAACGCUCUUCUCCUACACCCCAAUCAGUUCAGCAUCACCAACCCCGCCAGUCCCGGUGGCCUCCAUGGCAACCGCAAAACUCGUCACACCCGUCACCGGGUUGACCUGGACGAGCUGGGUAAUGGCAUCGUCGCAGAACUGAACAAGCGCAAGCGCAAGGCGCCCGAGGAGGAUACUGGAUCGCCGGUACGGGACGCAGGCGGCGUGACCCCGGCCGAGCGAUCCAAGGCCUACCUCGAGAAACAGUCGGCCCCCACGUACUCAAUCCAAUCUCUCUUCACCGACAAGGAGCUCAGCGCACACUCCAACCAGGCCCACGUCGCGACGGUCCACUUCUUCUCUACCUCCAAGCGCGCAGACCAGGGGCCUGGUGCCGUUACCAACGGCAGCAACACGGAAACCGAGGAGACACCCGAUGGCACCGGCCACGAGGACAACGGUACUCCCAGUGCUACUGAUAUGAUGCGCACUGCGAGUCAAAAUUUCCACGUUACUCGGUCGACCCGGGGCACGGCUGCUCACAGCGCUCUCAGCGCACUGGCCGAUCUCGCAGACAAGAAUGCGACGCGCCCCGCCCUGCCCUACCAUGUCCUCUCCAACUAUCAUGCCCGGCCGAACGGCAACGCGCCUCCGUUGACCUCCCUCCUCAAUGAGGAGGUCGACGACGACCUGUCGAGAGUGGAUCGGCUACACAGCAGCAAGCCGGUGGGAUGGAUUGACGCCUCCCUCCUCGACAUGGUCGUGGCGCCGUUGCCGUCCGAGCCAGUCAACGGGCACCCGCCCAACCCCGACCGCUUCACCUCGCUGCACCCCGACUUCCCGUCGGCUGUCGGGAUGCAACUCCAGCCCGCACGCUCCAAUCCUGGUGCGGAGAUGUUCCCUUCUGUGGGGAUGGAGCGCGAGCGAAGCAGUAAGCGGACGCGCCACCACUAA